AUGGCACUGAGUCCACCUAAGUCAAAGCAAUUUGACAAAACGAAACAAAAAAACAAAAACAAAAAACAUCAGUUUGUAAUUGUUUUCUUUAAAACAGAUGAACACCUUUCUGCCCGUGGACGCCGCCGAAGAAGCAUCGUUAAAGUCUCUCUUCUCCCUGCCAUGGUGUCUAAGUCAGAGUCUCCUAAAGAGCCCAAACAGCUGAGGAAGCUCUUCAUUGGAGGGUUGAGCUUUGAAACAACCAAUGAGAGUCUGAGGAGUCAUUUUGAACAAUGGGGAACGCUCACGGACUGUGUGGUAAUGAGAGAUCCAAACACCAAGCGCUCCAGGGGCUUUGGGUUUGUCACGUAUGCCACUGUGGAGGAGGUGGAUGCAGCUAUGAAUGCAAGGCCACACAAGGUGGAUGGAAGAGUUGUGGAACCAAAGAGAGCUAUCUCAAGGGAAGAUUCUCAAAGACCAGAUGCCCACUUAACGGUGAAAAAGAUAUUUGUUGGUGGCAUUAAAGAAGACACUGAAGAACAUCACCUAAGAGGUUAUUUUGAACAGUAUGGAAAAAUUGAAGUGAUUGAAAUCAUGACUGACCAAGGCAGUGGCAAGAAAAGGGGCUUUGCCUUUCUAACCUUCGAUGACCAUGACUCCGUGGAUAAGAUUAUCAUUCAGAAAUACCAUACUGUGAAUGGCCACAUCUGUGAAGUUAGGAAAGCCCUGUCAAAGCAAGAGAUGGCGAGUGCUUCAUCCAGCCAAAGAGGUCGAAGUGGUUCUGGAAACUUUAGUGAUGGUCGUGGAGGUGGUUUCAGUGGGAAUGACAACUUUGGUCGUGGAGGAAACUUCAGUGGUCGUGGUGGCUUUGGUGGCAGCCGUCGUGGUGGUGGAUAUGGUGGCAGUGGGGAUGGCUAUAAUGGAUUUGAUAAUGAUGGAAGCAAUUUUGGAGGUGGUGGAAGCUACAAUGAUUUUGGCAAUUACAACAAUCAGUCUUCAAUUUUUGGACGCAUGAAGGGAGGAAAUUUUGGAGGUAGAAGCUCUGGCCCCUAUGGCGGUAGAGGCCAAUACUUUGCAAAACCGCAAAACCAAGGUGGCUAUGGCAGUUACAGCAGCAGCAGUAGCUAUGGCAGUGGCAGAAGAUUUUAG